GUCGCCGGGCGGUGGCUCCGCGACCGAAGGCUACAACGAAACGUUUUGGUUUUUAGCUUUUAGCCUCAUCAAUCGGAUCGUGGAUGCGCUCAGCUAGUUAGAUAAGCAUAUUGAGCUUCGUUCGCAGCCAAGCAAACGCUCGCGCGCGCAGCCGGCAAUGGCGUCGUUGUCUGACCCGAACUCGCCGCCGCCGCACGUCGUCGAGGACUGCCGCGGCGCGCUGCAGCUGCUCAGCGACGGCACGGUUGUCCGCGCCGCCGCGCCGCCGCCGCCGUUCUACGUACGCUUGGACAUCGACGACGGCCGCGUCGAGUGGAAGGACGUCGUGUACGACGCCGCCCACGGCCUCGGCGUCCGCAUGUACAGGCCGGCGGCGACGGGGGGAGCGGAGGAGAAGCUGCCGGUGGUGGUGUACUUCCAUGGCGGCGGCUUCUGCAUCGGCUCCUGCACCUGGCCCAACUUCCACGCCGGCUGCCUCCGCCUCGCCGCCGAGCUCCCCGCCGUGGUGCUCUCCUUCGACUACCGCCUCGCGCCGGAGCACCGCCUGCCCGCCGCGCACGAGGACGCGGCGGCGGCGCUCAUCUGGCUCCGCGACCAGCUCCUCUCCGACCCGUGGCUCGCCGACGCGGCCGACGCGCGCAAGGUGUUCGUCUCGGGGGAAUCCGCCGGCGGCAACUUCGCGCACCACCUCGCCGUGCGGUUCGGCGCGGCGGGGCUGGACCCGGUGAGGGUCGCCGGGUACGUCCUCCUCAUGCCGGCGUUCAUCUCGGAGAGGCCGACGCCGUCGGAGCUGGCGGCGCCGGCCACCGCGUUCCUGACGCGCGACAUGUGCGACCGCUACUGCCGCCUCGCGCUGCCCGCCGGCGCCGACAAGGACCACCCGCUCGUCAACCCGUUCGGGCCGGCGAGCCGGAGCCUGGAGGCGGUGGACGUCGGCCGCGUGCUGGUGGUCGCCGCCGACGGCGACCUCCUCAGGGACAAGAACGUCGAGUACGCGGAGCGGAUGAAGGCGAUGGGGAAGGACGUGGAGCUGGUGGUGUUCGCCGGCGAGGAGCACGCGUUCUUCGGCGUGAAGCCAAUGUCGGCGGCCACCGGCGAGCUCGUCGAGGUCAUCAGGCGGUUCAUCGCCGGCGCCGCCGCGUAAGUGAUCGUGAUCGAGCGAACGCCGGCGACGGCGAGGUGGUUUGCCUCGUGCGCCACGUGUUCGUAGGCUUAUUCCACAGAUGCGACAUGGUGGCAGGCACUGUGUCCUUGCAACAAUAAUUGAGACAAGCUUAAUUACUUCGUACUACAUUUGUGUUUUUUUUUUUUGUGGUUACAAAUUGGGCACAAUGGCAAGCAACAAAGGUCGACAAAUUUAUGUCAUUGUUGUGAAAUAGUGGUCGCAGUUUAUAUGGCUGCGAAGGAAGUGUGACAGUGACCGUAAGCAGAGGUAAUAAAGUCAGCGUGCAUUUAUUAUUA